AGAGAGAGGGCGGGUGGAGCGUGGUAGACAAAGACUGUAGCUGGAAGAGAGAGAGAGCGAGAGACAAAGAGAGGGGGCGACGGCUCUCUCUCUUUCUUUGUGUGUGGGAGGAGGGGGAAGAUUAACUGGCUGCUGGGCCACACGCUCACACACAGACACGGCUCAUACUAACACACACACAGACACAUGACACGGCAGCUGAGACCACGGCUUCAUCUGGACCCGGAGCGGCAGCAUCAGCACUAACAGCAGACAAAGGCAGAGAGGCAGGAGGUGGAGGGGAAAGCCCUGCACUGUCUGAGGAGCCGGAGACGGGGAGGAGACAGAGGAGCGACGCCGAGGCCUUGAUCAGCAUCCCUGCUUCCAGUGUAAUGGCCGACCACAUGUGUCUGCUGCCGUGUGUGUAGCUGUAGGUGGGUGUGUUCGUCUGUCGCUCCACGGUGUGUGCAGGAUGGGGAACGCGGAGAGUAUGGAGAGCCAGCUGGCCGUCAUCCGGUCCCGAGCCGCCCCGGUUCGCCUGCCGAUGCCGGACCCGGCCGAGCUGGAGGAGCGCUUCUCCAUCGCACUGAACUCGAUGAACCUUCCUCCAGAUAAAGUUCGUCUGCUGCGAUCGUACGACAACGAGAAAAAGUGGGAGCUGAUCUGUGACCAGGAGCGUUUCCAGGUGAAGAAUCCUCCUCACACUUACAUCCAGAAACUAAGAGGCUUCCUGGACCCAGCUGUCACACGCAAGAAGUUCAGAAGAAGAGUCCAGGAGUCAACUCAGACCCUCAGAGAGUUGGAGAUUUCUCUUCGCACCAACCACAUUGGGUGGGUCAGAGAGUUCCUGAAUGAGGAGAACCGUGGCCUUGAUGUGCUUGUUGAGUAUCUUUCAUUUGCUCAGUACGCUGUCACGUUUGAUGGAGAGCAGCCUGAGUCUGGAACUGAGGUGUCAUCCAUCGACUCUCCCUGGAGUCGGUCCAUAGAAGAUCUCCAUGGCGAUUGUAGCCUCCCUUCCCCAUCAUCCACUGCCUCGCGCUCCGCUCGACACUCAAUCAGCUCCACUCUGGUGACUCGUUCCAACACGCUGCCAAGUCGCAGGACACUGAAGAACUCUCGACUGGUCUGUAAGAAAGAUGAUGUCCAUGUUUGUGUCAUGUGUCUCAGAGCCAUCAUGAACUACCAGUACGGUUUCAACAUGGUUAUGUCUCAUCCUCACGCUGUCAACGAAAUAGCUCUGAGCCUCAACAACAGAAACCCCAGGACGAAGGCUCUGGUGCUGGAGCUGUUGGCAGCAGUGUGUCUGGUCCGCGGAGGGCACGAGAUCAUCCUGUCAGCCUUUGACAACUUUAAAACUGUUUGCUCAGAGACCAUGAGGUUUGAGAAGCUGAUGGAACACUUUAAGAAUGAAGAUGACAACAUUGACUUCCUGGUGGCAUGUAUGCAGUUCAUAAACAUCGUGGUCCAUUCGGUCGAGGACAUGAACUUCAGAGUCCACCUGCAGUACGACUUCACCAAACUGAACCUGGACGAACACCUGGAGAGACUGAAGCACACAGAGAGUGACCGGCUGCAGGUUCAGAUCCAGGCCUACCUCGACAACGUGUUUGAUGUUGGGACACUGCUGGAGGAUGCAGAGACUAAAACGGCUGCCCUGGAACGAGUGGAGGAGCUGGAGGAGAACCUGAACACGAUGUCACAGCGUCUGCUGGAUGUGGAGAACGAAGCAAUGCUGAAAAUCGUUGAACUAGAGAAACAGCUGAUGCAGACUAACAAAGAAUUGGACCAGCUUCGGGAAGGUUACGCAAGUGCAAACUCCCAGGUCCACACCUUACGCCGAAUGGUUCGGGAAAAGGAUCAGACAAUUCGACGGCAGAGUCGCCUGGAGCGGCAAGUCCAGGAGGCCCAGCAGGUCGGAGGACCUGGAGCUCCUCAACCACAGAGAGGAGAGGGGGAUGGCGGCGUGGCUGACUCUGCCUCACCAUCUCCUCCCCCCUGCCCCAACCUGUCCCCCAGCCCUGAGACCAUAGCCUAUCACAGCAUGGGACCGGGCAUGGGUGGAGCUUCUGGAAUGCCAGCGCCACCCCCUCCACCCCCACCCCCACCAAUUCCAAGCACAGUGUCCAACGGGCCUUACCCUGCACCUCCUCCCCCUGCCCCGCCUCCUCCUCCCCCUCCUCCCCCUUGUCGAACCAGUGAACUGUCCUCCACCCCUAUGCCUCCCCCUCCUCCACCUGUGGCUCCGCCUCUUCCGGGUUCAGGUGGUUCGCCCACAGUUAUCUUCAAUUCUGGACUUGCAGAGGGUCCUCUCAAGUUAUUCUCUGUCAAGAUAAAGAAACCAAUUCAGACCAAGUUCCGGAUGCCGGUUCUGAACUGGGUGGCCCUGAAGCCAAGUCAGAUCAACGGGACCGUGUUCAACGACAUCGACGACGAGUCCAUCCUGCAGGACUUGAACGUGGAAGAGUUUGAGGAGCUUUUCAAGACAAAGGCUCAAGGUCCAGCAGUGGACCUGACUAUAUCCAGACAGAAACUUCCCCAGAAGGCUCCCUCAAAAGUGUCUUUACUGGAGGCCAACAGAGCCAAGAACCUGGCCAUCACCCUGAGAAAAGCCGGCCAGGGGUCAGAGGUCAUCUGCAGGGCCAUUCAAAUGUUUGACCUGCGGACCGUCCGGGUUGAUUUUGUGGAGUGUCUGAUGCGCUUCCUGCCAACGGAGGCUGAGGUGAAGAUGCUGCGUCAAUAUGAACGAGACAGAAAAGCUCCCGAGGCGCUGAGCGACGAGGACCGAUUCAUGAUGCAGUUCAGCCGCAUCGAGAGGCUCAGUCAGCGUAUGUCCAUCAUGACCUUCAUGGGCAACUUCACCGACAACGUCCAGAUGCUGACCCCGCAACUUCACGCGAUAAUUGCUGCUUCAGUCUCUAUAAAAUCAUCUCAGAAACUCAAGAAGAUUCUGGAGAUAAUCCUGGCUCUGGGGAACUACAUGAACAGCAGCAAACGAGGAGCCGUGUAUGGAUUCAAGCUGCAGAGUCUGGACCUGCUCCUGGACACAAAGUCGACCGACAGAAAACAAACUCUACUACAUUACAUCAGCAAUGUGGUCAAAGAGAAAUAUCCUGCAGUGUCUCUGUUUUACAACGAGCUUCACUAUAUUGACAAAGCAGCUGCAGUGAGUCUGGAGAACGUGCUCAGUGAUGUGAAGGAGCUGCAGCGUGGGAUGGAGCUGACCUGGAGAGAGUUCAGCGUUCAGCACAACACCACUCUGAAAGACUUCAUCAGCAGACACGAGUCACGGCUCAACAAGCUGCAGGAGGAUGCUCGUAUUGCUCAGGAUGCCUUUGAAGAUGCGGUGAAGUUCUUUGGAGAGAGUUCAAAGACGAUGCCUCCGUCUGUGUUCUUCCCCAUCUUUGUUCGCUUCAUCAAAGCUUACAGGCUGGCUGACGAGGAGAACGAGCAGAGGAGACGCCAAGAGCAGAUCUUGUUAGAAAAGCUGGAGCAGGAGGAGCAGCAGGACGAGGAGGAGACCAAGUCUCCGUCCCACAGGGGGAAGCGGCAGCAGCAGGAACUGAUCACGGAGCUCCGACGACGACAAGGAAAGGACAGCCGCCAUGUUUACGAAGGGAAGGAUGGCGCCAUAGAGGACAUCAUCACAGCUCUGAAGACCGUGCCCUUCACGGCGCGAUCUGCCAAGCGCAGCUCCCGCUUCUUCUGUGACCCCGGCCACACCGAGUAACGCUGCAGCAGCAGGCGCCUCGGCACGUGGAGCGUCCCGGACCCGCCCGCUGCUCAAAACGUCUCACGCUCAUACAACACAAAAAUAAAGGAACCAGAGUCAAACUGUGCUAGAGCAGCAGCGCGGGCCCGGGUCGCGCGGAUGCUGGACAUCACAUCUGCUACGUGUGAAGAAAAGCGCACAAUUUGGAGACAGGACUCUCAUUACUGCAUGUUCAGAUAUACAAUGAAGAGUCACCUCUGCUCUGCCUACCUGCUCCUUCAACAUGGCUGAUCCAGGAUCAGGUCAGAUCCGCAGCCUGUGUGUCUACACACAGAGGCUGGUCUACCUGCAACCGGUUCUGAAUCAUCAACAUGUAAAAUACAGUCACAGAGGAGCGUUAGGCCCAACGACAACUCACUGACUUUAAGUGUCACCACACACAGCUCAUGGUCACAGUGUGACACGCGGUCCAUUUCAUCUGGUUCUAGUACUGUUUAUUGGUCCUAAUCCUCUUCAAACAUUGUUGCUCAGUACAUUGUGCUACGAGCUUCAACUUGACCAGAGCCAGUGAUUCACUGUAAAUAGAAGACGAAUCUGCCUGAGGACUAAAUGUGUGGUUUAGUGCCUGAAGGUCAUUCAGUGGUUGGUUACAAAGAACAGAUCACGUGUUCCUCCUGAUCCUGGACGAAAGGAAGAACUAAAACUGGAACUUGGUUUUAAUUAGUUCAGUUGAGUUUCUAGUUGUAGCUCCUCAAGGCACUUUACAAGUUAAGGUUUGAGACCUUACAAAAAGCUUUUUCAUUUGAACUUCAAUGAAACAAUGUGACGCAUUUAAUAACGUGAACGUAAAUUCAAACUGGCACCUGUAGUUUCUGUACUGAACCUAAACUUCAUGGUUCAGUUCAGCACAGCACUUAACAAGCGUUCUGAGUUCUGGUUCUGGACUCCAGUGGUUGUUGUGUUUUUAACUGGUUCUUGUAUUCAUUUUGUUCUACUGUGCUCUACUGUGUUUUCUAUUCUUGCAAUAGACAGAUACAGGUUCUUAUUCUUUAACACCAUCAAAGUGUUACAGUGUUGAAGGUGGAAAUGGACUCUUUAGGGCCCAAACCUGUUUCUCUGUGGCUCCUUCCUGACCCAGACAGCACCAGAAGCUCCAGCAGCAGAAAGCGACACUCCAACAUGAGCAGGACUCUGAGACCUGAGACCUGUUCACUCACAGUCUGAUGAAACCCCAGAGUCCCUGUUUUUGGAGGAUCUGGAUGUUGUUCUGGUAUCUGCCUGCUGCGUGAGCCUCCUCAUCGUGACCCGUCCUGUCCUGACCAGAUCCGUCCUGACUCAUUCAGACCUGACCAGACCUGUCCUGACCCCUUUCAGACUCAUCCUGCCCCUCCUACUCUCAUGCCUCAUGCCCUCAUUCAUUCUUGUUUUAAAGUAAACUAAACAACAGCACAAUGUUUUCUACGUGUACAUACAUUUUCUAUUGCCGUGUAGCUUGUACUGUUUAGUGUUUGUUAGUUCUUGCUGGUGAUUCUGCACUUGAUACUGUAUGUAAAUAAAAGGGACCCUUCCACAACACA